AUGCUGCCCUGCCUCACCCUGCUUCUCCUGGUAGGGCCGUCUGUGUCCUCCGCAACAGGGGACAGUGGAGAGGAACUGGCACUCAGCGCUGAAGCAAGGCCCUGGGUGACCCUGAUCUUAGAGGAGGACGCUGUCCCCAGCAUUCAGCUCCAGCUGCAGGAGGGGAAGAGGAGCAAGGCGAACCAGUUCUUUGGACUGAUGGGGAAGCAGGUGGAAGGUGAGUGA